GCGAUUUGCGAUGACGGCCAAGCCGCUGAGCCCGAUCGACAUUCCGCUCAAGAACCUUCUAGAGGGCCUCAUUGACCGCAAGAUCGUGUCGCCGCACUGGCAGGACCAGUUGCGCCCAGUGAAAGCUGCGAUCGCCGAGGCUCUGGACGCCUUGCCGAUCCAUGCCAAAGACGUUGUGGCAGGCAAAGCGGCAGACGACGUGCUCUACUACGACUGCAAGGCGCUGCUCACGCACUUGGAGGCGUCCGACGAGGCAAAAGCGACCAACUUCUUUGGCCAAUACACAUCGCCGGUUCUCAAGGCGUGGAUGGCCAUCACCAAGGCGUACGAGGUCCACGCGCUCUUCGCUGCCGAGGCCGCGCGUCGGCUCAACCAGGACGCCACCUUUGAAAUUCCAGCGCUGCGAAAAGCCAUCGCGCUGCAUGAAAAGCACGUCGGCGACAACCACCGCAAGAUCGCCGACUAUACCAAAGGUAUUCUCGAGUGCAAUCGGGCGUUUGCCGCCGCGUGCGCCGACCUCCAGAUCCCGGGCUUUGACAUCCGCCUCGAGCUCCAAGCUCUCGUGUACGACCUCCCAAGUCUCUUUCGCGGCGUCGCAGGCGUCCUCAACAUGCCGACACUGCGCGACGCUGGCGCUUACCAUGCGGCGCUGCAAGCCCAUUUGCACGCGGCUUCGGCGCCCGCGCUCUCGUCGCUCGACGCCUUCUGGGCCGCGCCCCUCGUCGUGGAACCUACAGGCGUGGCGCCCAGUGCACCGAGCGAGGUCGUCGAGAUCCAAUGGGACGCAAACACCAUCGAGCUCAGCGACGGCGGCAUCGAUUGGGGCAAUGACGACGCUGUCGUCAUCGACUGGGACAUUUCCUCCGUCAAGACACAGGAUGUGCCGAGUCGUAGCAGCGAGCUUGCAACGACCCAAGUCGACCAGCUCUUGCAUGGCGAGACCCGCGCCAAGCUCACAAACGACCUCCUGGAGCUUCGCGCGUUCCUCUUGCAACGGCGCAUGGAGCUGCAGACGCCCGACGUGGCCUUUGCCAACCAGUUUCAGACAAGCGCCCCACUUCUCGCACAGCAAAGCGUCGAGAGCACGAAAGGGUACUUGGCGGCCGUCGACGCAGCCCUCGCCGCACUCCGGGAAAAGCGACUCCAACACGUCUUGCUCAUCAAGCUCUCGCCUCGCUACCUCGAUCGCCUUGUGGUGACACUCGAGCUGCACAUGACCAAGGCCGAGAAGCUCCAUGGGGCGAUUCGCGCCCUCGAAGACAAGAACAGUGAGCUCACAGACCUUGUUGCAACGAGCCAUGCCCAGAUCCGAGCGCUCAUGACGUCGACCAAGAGCUUGCAAAAGCAGCUCGAAACGUCGCUGCCAGCCCUCUUCAAGGGCCAUCCCGUGCACAUUUUAGGUGAACUCAACCGCUUUUAACCCACUUUUUCCCUUAAAUGCAAUAAACAACGAGCAAAACGACG